UCUUGGGUCUUGGCUCUUGCCGUACUUCAGCUGCAGCUGUAGCGCAGAACAGUAGUGCAUUAGAUAAAAUUCAAAUUUAAAAUGUUCCAUAUUGUUGUUUCUUUUAUGAUGAUGUUAUGAUGUUUCUUGAAUCGCAGGCCACAGUAUAGAUGUUUAUAGACUUAUCGCUAAUCUGUAUUCAGAGACUUUUGCAUAUUGUGUUACCAUGAAUUCCGCCUCAACAGCUCGAGUAAAACAGAAGAUUCGUUAUGACAUAAAUGUCCAUCGUGAGCAAUAUAAACAAGUUCUUUUGAACUCAAGACGAGGAGUUAUAGUUGAAGAAGAAGAAAAUAAUGAAUUUACAAUUGAAGUCAUGACAAAUUUAGCACUAGAAAUUAAGAAUAAAAAACAAAUUACUGUCAAACAAUUAAGAUUAUUAAGAAAUGGUUUUCUGUGCGGUACAGAUUUUGUUUCAGUAUUUAUCCGUGUUCAAGGGGCAGCUGAUUCCUUACUUCAUCUUGCAACUAGUAAAAAUGAAGAAGUACAGUUAGCAGCAAUUGAAUGUUUUUGUAACAUGUCUUUAGGAGAUAAAAGAAUAUGUUUAAAAUUGACAAAAUUGAUUACAUCAUACUUGAUGAUGUACAUCAACCAUUUGAAUUAUAAUAUAUCUGCUAUGUGUAUCUGGACUCUUGGAAAUUUGAGUGAUUCUAGUCCAGGUUCAUGCAAAAUAAUUCAAAGUCAUAAAUUCUUUGAUGCACUGGUUGAUCGCUUACAAAAUUCAUUCUGUGAUGAAGUUAUUUUCAAUACCUUUUAUGCCUUAAGACUGUUUCUUAAAAACUAUCUGCCCCACUUACAGAUUGAAGAUCUAAAUAAAUUGCUACUCGCGUGUUAUGAACGAUUGAAUACAUGGAAAGAAUCAUUUUGGAUAGUGUAUCAAAUUUCUUGUUAUCGUGGAAUGAUAUUGCAUCAUUCAGAAUGUAUGGAACAUUUAUUGAACGCCUUAAAUGAAGAUAUCAUCGAUAUAACAUGUUUAGUGCCUAUUUUAAGAACAUUUAGUAAUAUUAUAGCUCUUGAUAGUACUGGUCAUUCAGCAUUAGUACUUCUUUAUGCAUUACUACGUGAGAAAGGAUUUAAUAUAAGAAAUAUAUUGAUUAAUAAUAGAGAUAUCAAUUUAAAUUAUGAAUGUGCUUGGUUGUUAGGUAAUGCUUUUAAUGCAUUAAAGAUUACUGAGCUUAACGGUUAUGACCAUUUGACGCAGACAGAAACAUUUGAUGAAAUUUGUAGUUACCUUUUGGUUUAAAUUUGUUUAUAUUGACAACUUUCAUAAAUAUKAAUUAAAUAUUAAUUUUUUUUUAAAUUUUUAACUUAGUUAUUAAACUCUGUAUUCACUUACCAUUAUUAUACAGUCUUUAUUUUUAAUUUUUAAAUGAAUGUACUUAUGUUUUAAUUUUUUAAUUUUUUAAUAUUUAUCAUUUAAAUUU